AUGGCUUCCCCCAAAAUCUUCCUAACUGGUGCUACCGGCUAUAUUGGUGGUGAAGGCUUGUACACCAUCGCCCAUGCUCACCCUGACUGGCAGUUGUCAGCACUGGUCCGCAGUAAGGAAAAGGCCGCUCAGCUCUCAAGCAAGUACCCACAGAUUCGCGUCGUUCUUGGAGAUCUGGACUCCGUUGAUAUCAUCGCGGAGGAAGUCAAGAACGCAGACAUCGUCUUCAAUUUUGCUGACUGCGAUCACGUCACGUCUGCUCAGGCUAUUGCCAAGGGUGCCCAGCAGCACACCCCAGAGCAGCCGCUGUGGCUAAUUCACACCUCCGGCACGGGUAUUUUGACUGUUGAAGACCAGCGUGCUAACACGAUUGGUAUUGAACGUCCCAAGGAGUACAACGACUGGGAUGGCGUGAGCGAACUAGUCAAUCUCCCUGCAGAUGCUCUUCACCGGAAUGUCGACGAAAUUAUUCUCAAUGCCGGCAAGCAGAACCCAUCCAGCGUCCACACAGCCAUUGUGUGCCCACCCACCAUCUACGGACCAGGUCGCGGCCCCGUAAACACCAAGAGCAUGCAAGCCUACAUGCUGAGCUCCGCCGUCUUGUCUCGCGGUAAAGGCUUUUUGGUCGGAAAGGGUGAGAAUGUCUGGCACGAGGUUCAUGUCCAGGAUCUGAGUGGUGUCUACCUCGCGCUGGGCGAUGCCGCUGCCGCUGGGGGUGGUAAGGCCAGUUGGGGCGAUGAGGGUUACUAUUUGGCCGAGAAUGGGUCUUUUGUAUGGGGAGAUAUUCAGCGCGAGGUCGCCAAGCAGGCUCAUCUCCAGGGAUUCAUCACGUCUUCCGAAGUUGACAUGCUGGAUAUCAACGAAGUUAAAAAGUGUCAUCCAUUCGGACACUAUCUCUGGGGCACUAAUUCUCGUGGCCGUGCAAUCCGUGCUCGCAAACUACUUGGAUGGAACCCCCAGAAGCCGAGGUUGAUUGAUUUGAUUCCUGAAAUUGUUGCACUGGAGGCAAAGGAGCUUCACCUGCGUUAA